AGAGGAAAAAGAGAACACGCAUACACAGAGAACAGAGAGAGAGAGUACGAGAAACACAGAGGAGAGAGUGUCUGUUUUGGUCCAGAGAACAUAUAAUGUAUGAAGGGGAGGGCAGCGGGUGAAUUCAAACCUGUGACUUUGCCUCAGGAUGAGAUCUCUCAAACACCUGAAACCACAGACCAAGAAAAAUGUGGAGGAGAAGACACAGCGGCUGGUCAGAUGUUAUUCUGAGGCCAUGCACCAGCAGAUGGAUGCAGGCACGCAGACAGACCCUGUAGUGGUCCUGUCGCUGGCCCAAGCUGCUGUGUUGGGACUCAUCUCUCAGAACGAGGUCUUUGGCGCCACCAUCGCCCCCAACGGCUUCUAUACCGGAGACCCCAAAGAGUCCCCCGCUCCGCCAGGUGAGAGAAUGGACUACGAGUACGCCGACCAGCUUAUAGGUGCCAACGGCGACUAUCUUGGAGAGAAUUUGGGUGAGGAUGGGCACAUGCACUCCAGCUGUGUUGAGAGAAGGUGGCAGGGGCAGCCUGAGAACAGCAAACCCCCUGUAGAGCACCAAGACAUGGCGUUACACGUUAAAGGGGAGAUUGUGACUCCAGGUUUACCCUCUUGCACUCACAUGAUGAAUAACAUGGUGCCCAGAGAUAGCAUGCAGAUGGUGGACCCCUCAAGCUACAGGGUCUUGCCCAAACCCCAACCCAAUAACGGCUGCACCACCUGCGUCCGAGACCCCAAGAGUACGCAUCCUCCGCCUGACCAACAUUUACACCCUCCUUCCCACAGCCACACACCUCAUGAGGUGCCUUCACGCAACCGGAGCCACACACACGAAAAAGGAGUAGAUGAGGUGAGCGAGGACAGGGACAACGGGAGAAAUAGCAUGGGGAAAGUAGGAAGCGGCGGCGAGGAAAUUAGCAGCUAUUUUCAGGCUAGUGAGGUCGGCUACGAGGGAGGCGAGAUGGAAGGGGUCGGGGACUUCGAUGAGAACAGUGAGGGGAUGUUCUGGGCAGAGCCUGUGGAAGGGGAGGCACCCCGUGGCCGUCGUAUCGACCGGCUGGACAUCAACAUUCAGAUCAAUGAGUCGUACUGCGUGGACGUUGGCGAGGGCUUGAAGCGCUGGAAGUGUCGCAUGUGUGAGAAGUCGUACACCUCGAAGUACAACCUGGUCACGCACAUCCUGGGCCACAAUGGCAUCAAGCCACACGCGUGUCCACAUUGCGGCAAACUCUUCAAGCAGCCCAGCCACCUACAGACGCACCUGCUGACGCACCAGGGUACGCGGCCACACAAGUGCACCGUGUGCAAGAAGGGCUUCACCCAGACCAGCCACCUGAAGCGGCACAUGCUGCAGCACACCGACGUGAAGCCCUACAGUUGCCGUUUUUGUCGUCGUGGUUUUGCUUACCCCAGUGAACUCCGUGCUCACGAAGUAAAGCAUGAAAGAGGCCGGUGCCACGUCUGCCCGCAGUGCGGCAUGGAGUUUCCUACCUAUGCCCACCUGAAGCGUCAUCAGGUGAGCCACCAAGGACCUUCCACCUUCCAGUGUAGCCAGUGCAACAAGUCGUUUGCUUACCGCAGCCAGCUGCAGAAUCACCUGCUGAAGCACCAAACGCAGCGCUCUUUCUCCUGCAGUCAGUGUGGCCUCCAGUUUCUUCAACUACAUCAGCUACGCCAGCACUCUCUAACACACAAGACAAACAAGCCUCAGACCCGGACUACCAAGGGAACAAAGGGGUUUAAGUGUGACGUAUGUGCCCGAGAGUUUACAUUGUCUGCAAACCUAAAGAGGCACAUGUUAAUCCACGCCAGCGUCCGGCCAUUCCAGUGUCACGUGUGUUUCAAGUCUUUCGUCCAAAAACAGACGCUCAAAACUCACAUGAUCGUACACCUGCCUGUGAAACCCUUCAAGUGCAAGGUGUGCGGAAAGUCAUUUAACCGAAUGUACAACCUCCUGGGCCACAUGCACCUCCAUGCAGGCAGCAAACCCUUCAAGUGUGCAUGUUGUUCGAGUAAAUUUAACCUGAAGGGAAAUCUUAGCAGACACAUGAAGGUCAAACAUGGAAUGGACGUCUCUCCAGAUGGACAAGAUGGCCCACCAGACAUGGAGCCCCAUGAGGACUAUGAAGAUGAGAAUUUCAAUUUUACAGCACCAGAAAAUAUGGAAAACAAUGAUGCACCGAACCUAACUAAGCUAUCUGAAGUGGCCAUCCAGGAACUUGACUAUUAUAAUUUUGGGAAGGAUGUGGGAAACUACAGUACAGCAUAAACAUGUUUUGAAAUAAAGUCAAGCUGAAUAAAUGUUAAGGAACCAAAAGGCCUGUGCUGGCCCUUAUCAACCAUGAGUUGAUUGAGAUGUUCCUCCAUGAGAACUAAUGCUCAUCGUUUUGGAGUUGAAUGAGCAAAUGAGCAGGUAGUUGGAGGCAAUCUUGACCUCCUGGUUGAUCUCAUUGGGUAGCCACUCCGGUUCGUUCUCAUAUGAAAUGGACCGAUAGUUUGCAAAAAGUCCUUUAACUCUUUUCAGCUCGAACAAACAUCAACGCUGUAUUUUUAGAAUGAAGUGGAUCACAUGGUUACAUUAACACCCGGUACAUUCGCUUCGUGACAUGCAGGUGCAUACAUGUGCAGUCUUGGUUAAAGUAAUACACUCCGUCCUCCAAAUAUAAUUUCGGGAAUAUGGAAAUAGGAGGUGCAUGCAGCCUUGUGGCCUUCAUCGGUGUGGUUCCUCAGAGCAGUCUGUUGUAUUAACUUCAGUUAUUUUCAUUUUUAUAUUGCCUUCACUUACAGUAACUCUAAGAAACGCACCAAGAGAUUUCAAGUGUAAAAGAAAAAAAACAAACAAACAUGCAAGGCCCCUGUAAAUGGUUGGAUAUCUGCAUGAGUAGAUAGGCUUGUGUGGGUAGUAAAGCAAAAAAAAAAAAAAAAAGUGAGCGCGUGCCUGGGCCCUAUGUAUCAAAGCUACAGCUCUUCACCGGGUGCAGGACCAUAUACCACCCAUUCCUGAGCACCACUACUGUUGCCAGAAUUUAACUCAUCUGAAGUGUGGUUUAACAAACUCUUUGAGUGGAAAAUUACUGUUAUUUUGUAUUGAUUUGCUAUUUAUUUUGCACUUUGAAAAAAAUCGAAUAAUUACAUGUGAUGAGCCUCUGUCAUCAUUGACUGUUUGAGUUCUGGUUUAACUUAAGGAGAUAACGCCUUUCACACCCACAUCCAUAGUAAACUGUUUCCCAAGGCAACUCUGCAGAUUCUUAAAUAAACCUAUUUUUUUUUAAAGUU